GCAGACGCCUUUCUUUGCUUUUGGGAGCUCUUUAGGGAUGCGAGGGCAGCGCGGCUGCCUUCCGCCGUCGCGCAGGCCCUCCUCGAGUGGCAGGAGGUCCUCGCAACGCAGCACGGCAGCCGGGCGACGCUCGAGAAGGCCUCCAUGGGACGUAAGGCCACACACGCACAUGCAUACAUCUGCAUUCAUGCAUGCACUGUUCUGUUCACACCGGUUGGUUGCAGGACAGCAUCAGUGACAUGAAUCGCUAUCGGCUGCCAGAGGAGGUUCUUCGUCAUCGCCGGCAGAUGGCUGUGUCAUCGCACGAGGCCACGGCACGGUUCGCCUAUCGGCAUCACAUUGAGGAGAUACGGCGCGGCAGUAUGGCACCGAUCAUCAAACAGGUAUGUACUAGUGAGGACUACAUGCCGGACGGAUGCCUCUGCUCAUGGAUGGAUGGAUGGGUGGAUUGGUGUGGAUGAAUGCAGGUUCGUGACUACACCCCCCCGCCCACCCGUUCCAUCUUCACCGAGGCACUGGGACAAGACAACAAUAAUGACAUCAACACCCACCGUCACUUCACGAGAACGGCCAACCACGUCAACCUCCCGCCCGCCCGACUUCGCGGCAGCAGGGGAAGGAUGACUGCCAGCUCGGGUGACGCUGAUUCAGGUACGUACAAAGGGGGGGGGAAAGACGAGCCCACCGACGGUGUGGCAUGGGUCUACCUCAGUUGACGAGACCGACCUAGAGGCUGAGGUAGAGAUCUUCCGUUCGGUGCGUGAGGAGCUGUCGUCGCUUGUGGGUGCCACCGUCAGCGAUGCAGACACAUCGUUCGAGGCGUACCAGCGGCAGGGCAGCCCUCCCAAGGCACCAGAGCCGCUGUCUGAGUCACUGGUGAAGGCGCAGCUGCAUCAGCAGGGGGGCGGGGAGGGGGAGGGUGUGGAUGCGGAUGCGGAUGCGGGUGCGGGCUGCGAGAAAGGUGAUGCAGUAGUUGGGGAGAGUAUGGGUGGCCUGGGAGCGAUCCGCAAGGAAUCGCCUGAUGAUAAGGUGCGUGGGUGUUGGCUGACAUAGAUGCAAGCCCCUAACACUUUCUGUUCAUGGGUUUUGGUGUGUGCGCAGGUUGGUGUGGAGAAGACCGACGUCGCCCCCGCCGAUCGUCGUGCAGACUCGCAGCCUCCCACCCGCCCACCGUUGGCACGGAAGCGCCCACCGCUCCCUCCCCAGCAUCGCAAGACCGCCCCAGCGGCCGGCAAACAAGGGGAGGCCGUCCAUGUCAUUCCCUCUGCUCCUCUCGUGAUGGAAUCCUUUUGCCGUGAGCAGGAGGAGUCCAUCGCGGGAGAGGAGGGAGGGAAGGCGGCUUGUGUGGAGGAGUGCGUGGCGGGCGAGCAGGACGGUGGGGAAGGGGCUACUGUAGCUAACGGCGCGGAUGAUGCAGAUGACCCGGUAAGUGACUGACGGGGAAAACGGCACAUUCAAAUGGACACGACACACACUCUCAUGUGUGUCGUGUCGUGUUGUCAGGCCCCCAACGGCACAACCGCAUCGCCACUGGAGGGCCUCUCGUCGCCAUCUCCCGUCAAGACGACGCGACACGCACCCACACCCAUCCAGAGGGACAUUGUCGGCCGAUCGGUGCGCAUAAUUCCGUCAGACACCACCACAGAUACGAUGGCCAGCGAGGGGGAGAGGGCGGCCAAGGCGGGCAAAGAUAAGCCGCUUGAGAUGUCGGCGUCGGGCAAGGCGGAGGAGGUGACGAAGGGGGCACUGGGGGGAGAGGGGGGAGGCGGCAACACCAUGCUGGUAAGAGAAGGGACCACUCACACAAACUGCAACAUGCAACCAACCGGCAUUGUCUGUCGUCCAUGUAAUCGUUUCUCAGGUGGACCGUCGUGGCCAAGAUGUGCUGGCUGGACGAAAGGCGCUUCAGAGGCCAAAGGCCUACAGCCCUGAGGAAUCGCCCCUGACGCCUCCCCGCAGGCACUCGAGGACGGGCCUCGAGAGUGCGGCGUUGGUGCACAAUCGAGCGCAGUCGCCGCCGUCCCCGUCAGUGCAGCCCCGCAGGCCCCCGGCACCGCACCCUGAUCCCCAACAGCCAUCCCCACCAAACCCACACAAACAAGACAGCUUCCUGGUAUGUGUGUAUGCUCUCCACAUGCACACAAUGCCUGAGUGCUCACACCCAGAAAUCCGUUUCAUCCUGUCUGUCUGUCUGCCUGCCUGUCCGUUUGUCUGCAGGCGUACCUGCGUAACGAGACACUGUUCGAGUCGACUCCCCCAUCGCCGCCCCGGUCGAUGAAACCCGACUUCGAGAUCCUCGCCGACCGCUACCCCUACAACAGCAAUGUCAGCCGGGCCGCCUCGGCAGCCAACAGCGAGGAGGGGAGGGGGGGAUGGAAUGGGGUCAGCGACGGGGUGCCGUUUCCCAUCGUAAGGGGCGACUUCGGGACGGUGUCGUGUGUGGGCAAGGAGCUCCUGCACACCAAGCCGCGAACCACCGAGCGACCGGUGAGGGGUGGGGUGAAUGGAUGGCCUGGCCUUCAUUGCAUUCGUGUGUCUGUGUGUUUGUGUUUGUGUUUGUGGUUGUGUGUGUGGUUGUAGGGUGGAUGUGUGUACAGGGACGAUAUUGGCGUUGGGUUGGCUGAAGGGCCGAAGAGGCGGCGUGCGCCCAUGCGGUUCACUCCGGCCACACAAAUGCACAAAUAGCUGGCAGUGAGUGUGUGGAGACAGAUGUAUGUAUGUAUCUGGGUGUGUGUGGGUGUGGUGUGUGGCUGAUGGGCAUGGAUCGGUGUGUGUGUGGGUGGCAAGACAAGAGGCACAUGAUACCAUUCAAGUGCGUUGGCAGCUAUGAGCUCUCGCGUCUGCAUGAAUCACUCACUGUAGAG